AACAGAGGGACAACGAGAAAAACCCAAACGUAUGGGAUUGAUGAAGAGAAAUGCAAUAAGGCAUCAUCAAAACACAAGCGUGACUCGGUAGGGGGCUGCACGGGAAGACGUGUGACUAAAUAGAGAGGGUUGCAGAGGAGGAUGUAUUAUAGUGGAGCUGUCCGUGUCCGGUGCUGAAGGACUGCUGUGUAUUGGGAGCUGUCCGGUGCUGAACCAGUUUGAACCCAUGCUUCCCAGCAGAGGCUUCCCAAAUUCUGAGGGUUGGGGCCUUACCCCUGCCCCUCGCCAAGCUCCUUCUCUCUGACCCUGACAAUAUAUGUUUAAGAAAUAUCACCUGAAUAUCAUCUCACGUCAUCUCAUCCUCUAUAACCCUGCUGUGACCUUUCACCUGUGGAGUGAAGAGGAACAAUGCCAAGGUCCUUUCUGGUGAAAAAAGUAAAGGAUGGUUUCUGUUCGUCCGACACGGAGAGUUCACAUGUCAGACAUCGAGCAGAGUUUGGCUCACAUCUCCAGGACAAAGGUUACAUCAGUGAUUAUAUUACCCCCACUGUGUACGAUGGAGACAGCGACGGCACCAUUAAAGUACCUUCACCUGACACCCUUUACACAGCUGUACAAAGCGAAUAUGGUGCUCCAGAUUCUGAGCCACCUGACAGCCCACGCUCAGAGAUCACAGCUGGCUAUAUCAAUGGGGACACCGCGGUUAGUGAGGGCUACUCUGUGGAUGCUUUUUUCAUUACGGAUGGGCGAUCUCGCCGCAAAGUAUUAAGUGGUGGGCGCUCUAUGCAGAGGCACAGUUGCAGCGAGUGUGGGAAGAGUUAUGCUACGUCUUCCAACCUGAGCCGGCACAAGCAGACUCACCGCAGUUUGGACAGCAAGCUUGCCAAGAAGUGCCCCACCUGUGGGAAGGUAUACGUGUCCAUGCCGGCCAUGGCCAUGCACCUCCUUACCCAUGACCUCAAGCACAAGUGUGACACCUGUGGGAAGGCCUUUAGUCGUCCGUGGCUGCUACAGGGCCACAUGAGGUCUCACACCGGUGAGAAGCCCUUCGGCUGUGCACACUGCGGAAAAGCGUUUGCUGACCGCUCCAACCUCCGUGCACACAUGCAGACACACUCCGCCUUCAAACACUACAAGUGCAAACGAUGCAGCAAAACCUUUGCACUCAAGUCUUAUCUAAACAAGCAUUAUGAGUCCGCAUGCUUCAAAGGUUCGGUGCCUCCUCUUAGCCCCAUGGAAGAUUAGGAGCCUUCAAAGGUGCAAAGAAGAGCAGGUCACCAUCCCAUACCCAACAAUAUUUCAAAGUCUCUGCCUUCGACAACCCAGCACUCCAGAAGGAAGGAAAUUUAGCCUUUUGUGCAUUGGGCCUCCUCGACAAAUCUGGUGCUGUUUAUUUGUUUUUUGGGGGGAAUUGGUUUUAUAUUGGACAGGGAUGGUUGAUGCUGUUUCUUCAAUUUGAAUUAAUAUAAUCCUUCUUUAUUUUUCUCAGGCCUUAUUCUGGUCACACCUGAUGAGGUUCUAUGUAGAUCUAAAAUGGACCCUUUUGGCAUUGAUAUCACUAGAUCAUAACACUAUUUAGAUAUUAAUGCCAAAACAAGCACAUCAAGGGAGAUAUUUACAAAGGAUUGUAUCAGUCAGUCUUGCUGGGAUUUAUUAAUUUCUGAGUUUAUUCCUUUCUCUUUCUCUUAAUAUGUUAGUGAGUUAAUCCCCUUACCUCAAAGAUCUGCUCUUUGCAGUAUUAGAGUGGGAAGUCUAGUAAUGAAACAUCAAGUACUAGGCCAGGGGUA